UUACAGGUUUCAAAAGUUUUUCAGUCAAUAAGUUCUUUGAGAACUAAGGAAUUAAAAUGUGCGGAGGAUUUACCUGUUCAAAAAAUGCUUUGACAGCAUUAAAUAUUCUUUAUAUUGUGGUUGCGUUCAUCUUAAUUGGAGUUGCUGUGUACGGUAGAGCCUCUGCCUUAGUUACAAAUCUACCAAUUAUUGGAGGGAUUUUGGCAUGUGGAGUCAUAUUAAUAUUAAUAUCCAUACUCGGAUUAAUUGGAGCUAUUAAGCAUCAUCAAGUCUUACUAUUCUUUGUAUCCUUUUUUUUAAUAAACCUCAUAAAUGUUUAUGCUUAUGGAACAUUAAUCAUUAUUGCUUGUGCUUGUUUAGCUGUAAAUGCUAAACAGCAGGAACAACUUGCAGAUCAAGGUUGGCAACAAGUAGACAAUCAGCUGAAAGAAAAAGUGGAAUAUACAUUUCAUUGCUGCGGUUUUAAUAAAACUACAAGUAUUAUAGAGGAAUUCUCGAGUGGAAAUGAUUCAGUAUGUUUAAAACAAACUAAAGUUUGCUGCGCUUACAAUCCAGAUCCAAAAUGCCAGUGUCCAUCGUGUAUGCAAAAGUUACAGUCUACUAUUGACUAUGCUUUUAAACUUUGCGGUGGUAUAGGAUUAUUUUUUAGCUUCACCGAGGUGAUUGCGGCAUUCUUGGCAAGACGAUAUCGAAAUCAGUUAGACCCAGAAGAAUCAGCUGCUCGAGCUAUGUUUCCGCGACAUAAUUAUCUAUAUUAAAAAAUGAUCUCCUGGCAAUCUCUAUGAUAUUUGGUCUUGUGCUUCAAUUUAAAAUACUCAUUAAGACCUCAUCCGUAUAUAUGAGAUUGAUUCGUUUUUUAUUUUUUGAUUGUAAAUUUAUUUAAUGCAAAAUAAUUUGUUCUGCAUUUCCAAUAAGCCAAAGAAAAAUCUUUCAAUUGGAUACAGAUCCAUUAUAUGCAAGAAACUUGUUUUUACAUUAACUUAAAUACUAUAUUUUAUAAUUUCUCAGUAAAAUUUGAAUUGAAAUGAUUUGUAUCCAAUUUUUAUUUUGAACGAAUAGUUCCGUGAGCGAUUACAAGUUGUAUCUUCAUCAAUUUAUUUAGUAUGAAUUGGAUGAAAUGUACUAGCAAGAAUGUGUGCUCUAGUCAGCCACUGAAUAUAUUCUUAUCAAGCCUCAAUGCGCCUUGUAGUAAAUUAUUAAAGUUACUUUUAUUAGAGAAUAUUUUACAAACUUACAACUCGAAAAGAUUCCAGUAUAAAAUGCAUUUCAGACCAUUCCAUUAUUAAUAGUAUUU